GUUACGCGUGGGUGACGUGGCGGCUCCUGCUCUUGGGUCCGAUUUCGGCGGCUUACUAGUCCGGCGAGGAGGCGGCGACGGCCUGGGGAGAGUGGCAGUGACGGCGGCGGUAGGCAGCAGAGGAGGAAAGGCCUUGUUGAGAAAGACGUCGGCCCUGUCCAAUCGGUGGCUGCAGUCUUCCAACAGGCGGAACUUUGAUGGAGUCCGAGGUUAUGCGACUCAAUGAUCCCGCGGAAACGCUACGGAUCUAAGAACACGGAUCAGGGUGUCUACCUGGGUCUCUCAAAGACACAGGUUCUGUCCCCUGCAACUGCUAUCAGUAGCAGCAGCGACAUCGCUCCUUUGUCCACCCCGGUGGCCCUGGUCCCUUCCCCUCCCGACACCAUGUCCUGCCGGGAUCGGACCCAGGAGUUCCUGUCCGCCUGUAAGUCGCUGCAGAGCCGUCAGAAUGGAAUCCAAACAAAUAAACCAGCUCUUCGUGCUGCCAGACAACGCAGUGAAUUUACCCUUAUGGCCAAGCGCAUCGGGAAAGAUCUCAGCAAUACAUUUGCCAAGCUGGAGAAGCUAACAAUCUUGGCAAAGCGCAAGUCCCUCUUUGAUGAUAAAGCAGUAGAAAUUGAGGAGCUAACAUACAUCAUCAAACAGGAUAUCAAUAGCCUCAACAAACAGAUUGCUCAACUUCAAGAUUUUGUGAGGGCCAAGGGUAGCCAGAGUGGCCGGCAUCUGCAGACGCAUUCCAACACCAUUGUAGUUUCAUUGCAGUCAAAACUGGCUUCCAUGUCCAAUGACUUCAAAUCAGUUUUAGAAGUGAGGACUGAGAACCUGAAACAACAGAGGAACCGUCGGGAACAGUUCUCCCGGGCACCAGUGUCGGCCCUGCCUCUUGCCCCCAACCACCUUGGGGGUGGUCCUAUAGUUUUGGGAGCAGAGUCCCAAGCCUCCAGGGACGUGGCCAUUGACAUGUUGGACUCUAGAACAAGCCAGCAACUUCAACUUAUUGAUGAGCAGGAUUCCUACAUCCAGAGUCGGGCAGACACCAUGCAGAACAUCGAGUCUACAAUCGUUGAGCUGGGUUCCAUUUUUCAGCAGUUGGCACACAUGGUUAAAGAACAGGAGGAAACUAUUCAGAGGAUCGAUGAGAACGUGCUUGGAGCCCAGCUGGAUGUUGAGGCCGCCCAUUCAGAGAUCCUCAAGUACUUCCAGUCAGUCACCUCUAAUCGGUGGCUCAUGGUCAAAAUCUUCCUCAUCCUCAUUGUCUUCUUCAUCAUCUUUGUGGUCUUCCUUGCCUGAACCCUCACUCACUCUGAGGCACUCCAUGGAGGGCUUGGGACCCUCCUGGGAGGGCAGGUGGCCACUGUUGCCAUUGAGCCCGUGUAGGGUGGUUGGGAGAAAGGCCAUUUCCUUGGAACUGCUAAGAAUGGCCAGUGUCCCUGUUUCCCGCCCUUGUCUUUGGCCACUCUGUCCUACCCCUCAGGCCCUUGAAACACACUGGUUCUGGAUUUGGACUCUGCUGUGAAGUGGCUGGGAGCAGAAGCCAGCUAGGGGCCAGUGGAGGAGGUUGUCUCCACAAGGAGAUUUUUAUAAAAACCUUACCAGCCUCCCCCAAAGGUAACUUUGGCAGCAAGGGGAGAUAAUGCCCUCCUUGCCUCCUUGAGAGUGAGGCAAGGAGACAAAACUAUCCCAGGGACCAACUUUACCAUCAGGUUAGAACUUGACUGCCUCCCUCUGUUCACCAUGUGAAGUGAGGGGGCUCUGAGCCCUUCAGUUGCCUGCACAAACCUGACUUUGGCUACUGGUGACUCUCAAUCUGCCAAAUGUGCUGCAGCCUGUUUCCUCCCAAUUACAGCAAGACUGUCAGCCUCA